AUGUCUAUUGAAAGCGAUGUUAAACGCGAUGUGAAUCGCAUUGCCACUGAUAUCAAGCACACUAUCCGUCCACCAUGGUACCGAAGAGCAUGGAAUUUUCUCCUGGAAAUGAUAACAGUCAGGAACCGGUUUACUCCGGGAUGUAAUUGUCUGAAAUCGCAGAACAAGAAUAGCGAAAAAGUAUUCCAAAAGAAGACCGAGUCUCACAGAAUGAGAUCCAUCGGAGUGAUUCUGGCAGCAGUGUCUACAGUAGCUAUUACAAUUAUUAUUUCGAAUACGGCAUAUAGAGCUCAUUUGAAUGCUCAGAAGUCUGCAGUUAAAGCUCCUGUCAGCCUGGCCUACUCAAUUCGAGAACUGAUCAACGUCGAUAACAUGCGCACCAACCUUCACCUACUAACCAAGAAAGCACAUGUAGCCGGAACAGAGAACAACUUACGUGUAGCAGAAUUGAUUCGGGACCAAAUGAUAAACCAAGGACUGGAAAAUGUGCAUUUCAACGAGUACAACGUACUACUUUCGUAUCCUAAUUGGACAUCUCCAAACCAAGUAGAGAUAUCUGACGAAACUGGAAAAGUGGUGCAUCGCACAUCAGGAAGGAGCAUAUCACUGAUAAGAGAGGAGCAAAACGACCCAUUUUCUGAGAUUCAAUGGUUGGCUUACUCUGCUGCUGGAAAUGUGGAAGGAGAGAUUGUAUAUGUGAAUCGAGCGACGCCCAAGGAUAUCGAGCACCUAGAGGCGUUGGGUAUUGAUUUAAAGGAUAAAAUUCUUCUGGCCAGAUACAGCUCCAAUUUUCGAGGAAAUAUCGCUCAAAUGGCGGUGAGAAAAGGCGCCAAGGGAUGUUUGAUCUACUCGGACCCCAUGCAAGUCGCUGGUUUGGGAACUGGAAUAAAUGAGACUUAUGGAAGAACAGACAAAAUGCCACCACAUGCUGUCCAGCGUGGAACUGUGUUUGUUGGGUUCGGAGAUCCAAGAACACCAGCUUUUCCGUCUAUCGGCGAGUUGUAUAAAGAGAAAACCGAACAGGAGGUGUGUUUUGUUUCGAGUGUACAGUUAACACAAUUGAUAAACGGGAAGAAGAUUCCCACUAUACCAAUGCUGCCGAUUCCCUAUUCUGAAGCCCAAUAUUUGUUUGAAAAUAUGAAAGGGGACGCUACAAUUGCUGAUUUUCAAGGAAGUCUAAAUGUCACUUAUCGUUAUGGGCCGGGGCUGAUAAAAAAUCAGAAGCUUCGAAUGAUAGUGCACGCGAAGAAUGAAGAACGAAAAAUCCAAAACGUUUUGGGCUACAUAAAAGGAAAUCAAGAGCCGGAAAAAUUUGUGCUCGUGAGCAACCAUUAUGAUGCAUGGACAUAUGGAGCUGUUGAUCCAAAUAGUGGGACCACUACACUCUUGGAGGUGUCAAGAGCACUAAAAUCUUAUCAGAACUCCACUGGAUGGGUUCCAGCCCGAUCUAUCUUAUUUGCACAUUGGGAUGCUGAAGAACAUGGUCUUAUUGGUUCUACUGAAUUCUGCGAAGAAUACCGUGUUCAAUUAAUGAGACGCGCAGUUGCUGUCAUCAAUAUGGACCUAAUCGGCGGAAACCAGACUUUACUUGGAUUGUCCAAUCCAACAGUGGCAAAUGUGCUUCGAGAAGCCGCGGCAAGUGUAGAACAUCCAAACCAGUUUGAAGUUGAGAAUGGUAGAAAAACACUGUAUGAUUCAUGGAAAUUCUACGAGCCAUCCAAAAACAACCGGUCAACACACCCAUACCAAAGAAUUCCAGCCGGUGGAAGUGAUCACCUGCCCUUUUUCGAUUAUCUAGGUGUCCCAAUCGUCUUUUUUAUCACUUCAUCAUUGGAUGCACCACCAACUUACCCAUUGUAUCAUACGAUUUACGAGACCCCAUACCUUAUCGAAAAGAUUAUGGACCCUCAAUUCAAGAUGCAUAGAGCGAUGGCUGGAAUGUUUAUUGAGAUGAUUAUCAAGUUCACAGAGAGCAAAAUUCUUCCUUAUGAGUUAGUGUGCCUGAAAGAAUUAACCGAUGACACUAUUUACGACUAUUUGCCAAGAAUUCAAACACAUUUGAGAAGAGCUGAAGCAUUAGGGAACUUAACGGACUACCUGAAACCAUCAAUGAAACAGUUUGAGCUGUUGGAAAGGACUGUGAAGGAACUGUCAGCAAUCGUACAACGGAGGAACAUUUCUAAUUUGAAUAACCUCUCUUUUGAUGCGAGAGUGAAUGAAAAUAAUAAACUAAUCGAAUUUGAAAAAUGUUUUAUCAAUCCUCACGGAGCGCCUGGUAACCCACAAGCACGACAUCUCCUCUUCCACCCCAGUUCCGAUAAUUGGUAUGAUGGAGAUGCAAUUUCUCAAGUGCACGAUUUGAUCUCAAAAAUGGAAACUUCUCUGGACGAGCUGGAGCUCAGGAGAUUCUCAAAGCAAUUAGCCAAAGAAGUCGCGCUCGUCAAUGUUGCAUUUAUCUGUGCCAAGCACUCUCUUAACGAAUUCUUUACUUUGUGA